CUAACGACCACACAAAGACGUGCAGAGGUAAAAACUGACACGUGGAUUUCUCCUCAGCGGGGCAUCAGGAUUCAGGACAAAACGAGUCCUUCGCUCAGUUUCCGGUCGGCUGUUCUUGAAGCUUUUUUCUUCUUCUUCACAGUAAGAUAUGCAUGUCCGAACAUCGAAAGUCCGCCGUGUCUUCCUGUCUCCACCACCGGGAAGAAAUUGAAGCUGACGGUCGAGGCUGCCGCUAACAUUACAGACAGCACGUUGAAUGGCAGUGAUUCAAAAACAUGGCAAAAACUAUGGUCCAGAUUUGCUCUGUCACAAGGAGAACCAUCCGGCCGACAAGCUUGGAGUCACUGGAUGUCACAAGAAGUGGGCUGAACACAACAAUAACUGGUCAAGGCCGGUGGCAAGGGUAUGGACAGUGGUGCUCCUACUUGGUACGUGCCUCCUCUACUGUGCUCGGGUGGCCAUGCCCAUCUGUGCGGUCAGCAUGGCGGAGAAGUUCAACUGGAGCAAGAGGGAGUCUGGCAUGGUUCUGGGAAGCUUCUUUUGGGGUUACUGCUUCACGCAAGUGUUUGGAGGCUACGUCAGUGACCGGGUGGGAGGAGAAAAAGUCCUCCUGCUCUCUGCAGCUGCCUGGGGCUCCAUGACAGCCUUCACUCCCAUCUUGGCCCAUUUUUGCUCCCAGCCGAUCUUCUCAAUGACACUGGCUCGCUUUCUCAUGGGCCUUUUACAAGGUGUUCAUUACCCUUCUUUGGCAAGCCUGUGCUCUCAGAAGGUGGUGGAGAGUGAGAGAGGCUUCCUCAUGAGCACCGUGGGCAGCGGCUCUUACCUGGGGACCCUCGUAAUCGGAGGGGCUGGUUCCCUCAUGCUGGACUUGUACGGCUGGGAGAGCGUCUUCUAUGUGUCGGGUUUGCUGGCAGUAACGUGGGCAUACUGCAUGUGGAAAUACUUACUCAAAGGAGAAGGGCCAAUCAUCACGCUGGAGUCUUUGGGAAAUGGUGGUCCACAGUCCAAAUUGACCAAGAGGCACUGGUUGCGGCUCUUCAAACAGCCUGCAGUCUGCGCCGUGAUCAUUACACACCUUUGCACAGCGAGCACGUUCUUCACUUUGUUGUCAUGGCUGCCAACCUUCUUUAAAGACACCUUCCCUGAUGCUAAGGGUUGGGUGUUCAAUGUCAUUCCUUGGUUGGUAGCAAUCCCCUCAUCGGUCUUUAGCGGCUACCUGGCGGACCACCUCGUAAGUCAAGGCUUUGACACGGCCUUUGUGAGGAAGUUAAUGCAGUUUUUUUCGAUGGGGGUUUCCAGCGUGUUUACCCUGCUUUUGUGCGGCAACACCACGUUCUCCUGGGCCAUAGCGUUUGUGUCGGCCACAAUGGGCCUCACCACCUUCAGUCACAGUGGGGUAUCUGUAAACGUUCAAGAUCUCGCUCCAUCUUGUGCAGGGGCCUUGUUCGGUGUUAUGAACACAUGCGGCGCAUUCUCAGGGGUCCUUAUGGUGUAUUUCUCUGGGUAUCUCAUCGAGACCACAGGCUCAUGGUCGUCCAUGUUUGGCCUCAUCACCGUCGUCAAUCUGCUUGGCCUUUGCAUCUUCUUGGUCUUUGCUGAGGCCCGCCGCAUUGACAUUGACCCUAGCAAGAUACGCAAUCACCACAUCCAUAUUUGAACACUUUGUCCAAGACCGGACUUCAUUAUCCCGUGGAAGACCUGCAUUGUCUGCACAGGUCUGUCUGUCUGUCUAUCUAUCUUUCUCUCUGGCUUUCUAGAUAGUUUGCUCUCUAGCUUUUGUCCAUUCACACAGUCUGCACCGUCCUUUUGUUGCUCACAUAGAUACACAACCUCAAAUCAUAAAAACACCAGCGUGAUGUCAGAGUACUGGUCAGAGAGGCUGUUGCUUUAUCAAGGUUUUCAGGAUGAACACAAAGCACAUCGUGGUUAAAUGGUAUUUAAAGUAGCUUCAUUUUUAGUUAGGAAGAGGAGUUUGCCAAUUUAAAAAAUGUUUGUCAGAACGGUCAUUAUGACUUGGCAGCAGUGCCCGAUAAAUAUGAUCAGUGAAACUGUCCGGCCCCAUUUUGUACCUCGUAUUUAGACCCUAACAUACUCCUACUCCCUUACUGGUGAAUUUUUGGGCCUGCAAAAACAAACUUAACCCCUUUAAGAGAUCAUUUUAUAAUCAAUCAUUUCUUCAAUUGUACAUUACCUUGAGUCAUAGGCAGGGGCCAGGCAGUUCCUAUUAUCUUAUUAUACUUGAUUUUUGCUUUUAUUAUUGAGCCACUUUAAUAAUAAUAAUAAUAAUAAUUUAAACGUACACCUCCUUGGAAGAAAAAGUCCCAGUCCAACAAAUGAGGAACUGAAUUUCAUUAAAAAUGUGGAGUGCUUACAUCAGAGCAGCUACACCAUACGAUGGGUACCAAAUUUUGCGUAGUGAAAACUAUUUGAUGACGACGUAAUAAGACAGUGACACAAAAAGACCACCAGAUGGUAAUAUAUUACAAGAUUUGUUUGACUGCAGGAUUUUAGAAAAAUCACUUUCUUCGCUUUUGCCAGAUCCUGCUUAAAGAAACUAUUUUUUUUCCCCUUUUUAACAUUCACAAUUAGUCUGAAUAUAGACCCCAAAGCGAAAAUGGAGACCCCUAUCUUUGGCAGUGUGCCGAAGCGUAUUCAGUCAACACGAACAAUAUACGGGACGGCCGUAAACCAACUAUAAUCCAUCCCUUUUUUUUUAUCUUUUAAUUUUCUCAUCCUCGGUCCCAUUCCACAACCGUCCCUCGGACUAAAUGCCCACCUCUGAUCAAAAUUGUAUCCCAACUGUCGAUCCAGAUUUUAAUUUUAGCCUUGGUGGAGUUCUGCACUUUGAAUGCUCCUCGUUUAAAAAAAAAAAAAAUGCUUUUGAAAUGCCACCUCAUUGUCUAGUUACGCAAUGCUUCAAGCGUUUGGUUGUUCUGCCUCUUUUGUUUUCGUGUGAGUUGUUGGCAGCGCUCUUUUGUUCUCUAACUUGUUUGUUCCCCAUCAACAUGGUUACAUGUUUUGUUCCAUUGAGGUGAAAAGGCUUUGAGAUAACGAGUGAGCCCUACCGGUUGCAACAAAUGUUCAAAAGCAGAAAGACCAAAGUUACUGAAAAUGUACAUUUAUUUUUUGGGUAGUUUCAUGAUGUAGAAAUACCUCUUUUAAUUAUUUUUGAAUAAAGUACUUCUAUAUUUUUAUGGCUUAAGAUAUAUUUUGUUUAUAUUUUCAAACUGAAUGAAUAUAUUAAGUUGCGAUGGUACGGUAAAAGAAACCUGAUAGACCUGACUAGUUUUUAUUUGAAUCUCGCUUUUGUGAAAGCACUUAUUGUCGUCAUCGAUGUUUGACUUAUUUGGGAGAUGUCUCCUCCUCCUUCUUUGCUUAACUGUGAGCUUGUUGCACACUGACAUGACGAAUGUUGCACGUGCUGCAAGACAAUGAGAGAUCUUCCGUUUGUAGAAGAACGAAGACUUUUUUUGUAUUGCACAUCCAGAAAUGGUAAAUUAUUGCUUGUAGCAUUUACGCUUGGAAGUUUUAAUAUUUAGUUCAGGUGCUUACUUGACUUUGCUAAUCUAUGCAUCUAAAUUUUUGUGUCUGCUUGAGACUCACAGAUCAUUACGUCACAACUGUUACUGUGUAUCGGCUUGACCUUCACAUACAAAGGCACAGCUUUGUGUGCAUCUUAUAAUGGCUGUUUUUUGUAAUCACACAUCAAAUUUCUUGUCAUCUCAAAUAUGGUUAGAUUGUUUUGUGUCACAGUGUAAAUGUCAUUACUCUUUUUAAUCACAUGCUGCCUGUGUAUAGGGUUAGCAAUAGAAAACGGGAUAAGGCUAGUAUUACAUAAUUGAUCUUGAAUCGCCACACUCUUGAACGUGCACAUUUUCUGUACCUUGUUAACGUUCCUCAAUGUGAAAGCCUUGAACACAUUUGUUCCAUUAUCUCUUCAACAAAUAUGGCAAUCCUCUGAUGUUUCAUGUUUUUCACUUUUACUGUAUUGGUUAUAUUUUUUCUUACCUGCUCUCUGUCACUCAAGCCCCAAACUGUAACAUUACUAAUUGCUCAGUGUGGUUCCUGACAGCUCUCCCGGAUUUUGCCUUUAAAAAAAUAACAGUAUUACUGCAAAAAUGCAGUAUUGUAAAAUUCAACUUAUGCUGUUAUUUAAAAGCAUGUCUUAACUUUGAAUAAAACAAAAACAUAUUUUCUCAA